GUGCUAUGUCCCAUUAUUGGGUGGGCAUCGGCUAGACUCUCUUGCCACUUAGAUACAGAAGAGAGCUGGGCACGGUAUGCUCUUGCUUCUCCAUAUUGGCCGCAUGCCGACUUUUCCUCCAACGAAGCAGAAGAUUGCUCUCCCCAUCUCGUGAUUGGUGUCGGGUCAGCUGCUCUACGACCUCUCAGUUCUCUCACCUCUGCCAGCACGUCUAUGGCCGCCGCUCUCCUCUGGCAUGAGUCCCUUGUACCUGCCUUUACCUUGCUCUCUCACCCGUCGGCGGGCCCAGCAACAGCCGGAUAUUGACUGCUCGGCCUGUCCAUCUUCUCAACCUUACCAACUACUCUCCCCAUACCUCACAACACAGUCACACUUCUCGAAAACUAUUCAGCUGGACGAAUGGAAGAUGGACAGCCCAAUCUUCGAACCUACGGACGAUUGCGAACUCGACCAAACGGCUCUGCUACCUGGCCCUGAUUUGUCUCUCGAUGUCGGCUCCGCACCAAUGGCGUACAUGUACCCCGCUGCUCCACCCGGCACGAACGCGCAGAAGCGCAAGUUCUCUGAUCUCGACCCAGAGAUCGCUACGCAUUUUGAGAAGCUCAGCAAAGAUUACCCAGGGCUCGAUGCCGACUCUCAGGCCUGUCAUGAUCCAAAUUCCGAGCCUCUACCGAAGCUCCCAAUCUACCACGCCUCUUUCGACAAAGCUGCAAACAUGGCCAAAGGCAUCAUCCGCGGCCUCCAAGAGACGGUCUUACUCAGCGGUGACCAAGAUGAAGAGUCGAAUUACAUGAAGGAGUGCUUGGCUCAACUGGCUGUGCCCGCCCAUCCGAAACCUCAGGUUACUUGUCUGUACGGCAAUUGCGGGGUCGGCAAGUCGUCACUCAUCAAUGCUUCCCUUGGCGUUGAGGGAGCAUCUCUAAAGACCGGCGACGGUGGAUCCGGCACGCUCGUACCAAUCGACUUUGUUCAAGCUGUAGAGAAGCAGAGGGGUCCACAUGUCGCGUAUGUCUUUUACUUUCCUUCACCUGGCUGUGGAGACAUCGUCAAGACAGCCUUCGCUAACUAUUAUGACUCACGCCUUGCCCCGACAGAGAACUUGUCAAAGGAUAUCUCUGCGAUCGAUCUCGGGAAGACGGCUCUCAAGAUGCUCAUGGCCCUGUUUGCUGACAAGCCGGAGUUCGAAGACGAAGAGGCUGCAGUUCGUUUUCUCAGUCGAGCGGUCUCGGCAGAUGACCCAAAGAUCUUGUCGCGUCUGCUUGCCUGGACAAGGAGCAUUCUAGAUGAGCUCGCGAAGCUAGGAAGUGUAGCUUGCAUCUGUCGCAACACUGCCGCCGAUCUCAAUAGGGCUCUUGAGCCCUUUACUCAGCAAACCGAUUUCCCGGAAAUUGAGGGGACCGCGCUUGAUUGUUCCGUGUGGCCAUUUGUAAGGCUUGUCAAGAAGUCACUCUCGAACCCUGUCCUCGCCAAGGGCAACGUCCUCGUGGAUCUGCCGGGCGUGUCUGAUGGGAAUCAGCACCGAGUGCAAUUGGCGAACUCGUACUUCAGGCGUUGCGAUCAGGCAAUAGUCGUCCACAGCAUCGAGAGGGCUGAAGACGAGGGGUGUGUUGAACAGUACAUCCUCAACGUCUUCCGAAGAAAGCGAAAUGGAAGCGUCGCCGUGGUGCUCACACGAGCGGAUGACAUCGAACAAGAAAUAUCCGGUCGCAUACGUUAUACACCGCAGCAGCAAGCACAGCUGAGAUCCCUUGACGAGUACGAGAAGGAAGUCAAAGAAGAGCUGCGCACGGUCAGACAGAAGCUCAGCCGUGGCAGCCCUUCGGACUUUCUGCGAGAAUUGACGCAUAAGCAGGGCCUCUAUAUGUUUCUACAAAAGAACAUCAAGCGCAAGCGAACCGAGAUCCUUGUGGCGGCACGCAAUGCAAAGGUCCGAAAGACACUUCAAGACUGGUACCGCACGAAGACCAAUGACCCGCAAGAGCUUCCGGUCUUCUGCGUAAGCAGCAAAUGCUACAUGGAGCAUAUCAGAGGAUUCUCCCCCGUGGAGCCUCCUCUACUCUCUGCCACGAUGACCGAGAUUCCCCAUGUGCGAUCCUACCUGUUCUCGCUCGCAAACAAGGCUGGAAAGGUGGACAUUCUCAAGCACUACUGCGCCCAGGUCAGGUCCCUGCUGAAUCAAAUGGAGCUGUCUUGUAUUGGGUUCAAGCCCAUGAUGAAACGUGAUCAUCUGCUCAAGAUAGUACAUGGUGCACGCAAGGGUAUCAGCAAACAAUUCGACGCGGUGCACCAGGAGCUCUGCAAGCGGUCAAUUACCCCGAUCCUAGUCAAAUUUGAUGCAUCCGAGGACUCGUGGUUGAGAGAGGCCGGGAACCUUUGCGACAGAUGGUCCAGAUACACCUACGCGGGCCACGUUGCGUUCAUGAAGCACGAGGGCAACUGGAAAACCGCUGCUUGCGGCAAAGCCAACUGGAACGCCAGCCUUCUUGAUGUCGCCCGCGAUGACAUUCAGCCUCUCUUGGACCAGUUCUACGUCGAAGGAUGCUACAUCUUCAAGAUCGAAGCUAUGCAAGCCCUGGGUGACUUGCUUGACCAGAUGGAGCAGGACAUGAAAGACAACUUGGACUAUGCGCAGACCAAAGCCUUCGAGGGCUUCUUCGAUAGCAUUCGCGAUCGAAAGAAAGUAAUGGGAAACAUCAUCGAUGAGACGACCAAGACUUUGCGCCAUCAGAUCCUUUUGCUGAACAACGAUACGCUCAACGAUGGCCCAAACAGCCCAUUCACCCACAAAAUGUCCAAAAUCUACAAGGAGAGCAUCAAAGCCGAGCCAGACAAGCUGCGGAGGACCAAGCAUGCUGCGCGCUGCGCCUACUUUCGCGAUUCCGUGUGCCUUCGCAAAGCAGGUCCCUUCAUGGCCAUCAAGCGCUAUCUCGAAAAGGGCUUCAACAAGGUCAUGGACGAUGCCGACAAGUCCAUGGUGGUCCAGUGCGAGACCGUCCUCGACGCGAUCAUGCACGACUUCAACCAGGUCUGUCCGGAGCGCGAGGACAAUGGCGUCCAGGCUCUGAAGCGACGAGAGACGCUCGGAAAAAAGGUCAAGGACGGGAGGGAUGAGUUGGAGGGACCGGUCAGGAACACGCUGCUCCAGUGUGGGGUCGCCAUGGACUGAGUCUUCGACAAAGAGUCAGUCUGCUAAGAGCGCGACUAGUAGGGGCGGUCGAACGGUUUGUGAUGGCUGGCGGCGCAUACAUUCCUUUCGCUUCGCGAGUCUGCGCUUUGAAUGGUUUACGGAGUCAGGGGUGUCACAGCAUCGCUUCGAAUUUUCUACAUCUAUCGGCUGAGACGAAUCAGUGGCAGAAUUACGGCAAGGUAUCUUUGACUAGUCGUCAAUACUCUUGAUAUCAA